AUGCAAACAACUACUUUCGAUCCAAACUUUUCGAUAUUUGAUAAAAAAUUCGUUAUCCCAAAUGAAUAUUCCCGCUCUUUUGAUAUGAAACCAUUAGAAGGUGAUCAAUACUGGCCUAAACAACAUAAAUCUCUCAAUAAGCUGAAAACAAUUAUCUCAAAGACAUUUAAAUCUCUUAAGCGCAAAGUAUUCCGCAAGCCAAAAGAAAUCGCUGUGAUCAAAGAAACCAUGGUUUCUGAAAUUACAUCAUUCUCAACUGAUGAAGAUAUAAUUGAAAUUGAUGAAAUUGAUGAUAUUAUUGAUAUUUAUUCCUCAUUUCCAAGAUCGCUUCCGGAUAAAGAUGAAACUAUCUCGACUAAUAUCGAUGUAACUUCCUUCUCACCUACAUUUACUUUAACCGAAAAUUAUAUCAAAGAUUACAUCGAAAGUGAUUCUUCGAAAUGUAAUCCAAUAGAAAUAGAACCAAUUCUUUGUAUUCCUUAUGAAGAUACAAAAAGGACUUCUAUUAAGAUAAAUGUGCCGCGUAACAUUUCUUAUUAUGAAUUAGAAACUUUAAUCGAACAAAUAAUUGUUUAUCAUUUGAGACAAGAUCCCGUUUCUAUUCAAAUCGAUAAUUUUUAUGGUGAUUCUAUCGACAAACACGAUGAAAGGAUAAAUGAUAUUGAUUUUUUAAAUUAUAUUAUUAACAUAUCAACUUUAAAUUAG